AUGGCACCAAAGCAACUCUUGGACGGAAAGGUGGCACUUGUCACGGGAGGGGGCAGUGGCUACGGCGAAGGAAUCGUGAGGCUUUUCGCCGAAGAAGGCGCCAAAGUAUUGGUCGCGGAUAUCAAUGCAGUCGGGGGCCAACGAGUCGUGGAUGACUUGAAAGCCCAGGAUUAUCACGCAGAACUUGUACAUAUGGAUGUUACCCGCCGGAGCGAUUGGGACAAGGCGCUGGAGGUGGCAAAGAGUACAUUUGGAGGACUCGACGUCUUGGUCAACAACGCCGGUUGGACAUAUCGAAGAAAGGCUACCCUGGAAGUGUCUGAUGCCGAGUACGACAAGGUGUUCGACGUCAAUGUCAGGAGCAUAUUCCACGCCACGAAUUCCAUAAUGCCGUAUUUCCUGGAGAAGAAGGCGGGAAACAUCAUCAACAUUAGUUCGUGUAUCACAGAGAACCCAACUACAGGGUUGACCUGGUACGGUGCCAGCAAAGGUGCUGUCGACAUGGUCACCAGGCACCUCGCUGCCGAGUAUUCCCCCCUUGGCAUUCGCGUCAACAGUAUUUCACCCUCGAUCGGCAACACGGCUCUGUUCAAAGAUUUUAUUGCCAACGACAAGCCCGACUCGGAAACCUUUUCAAGCCUUCAUCCACCGCUUGGAAGGCUUUGUACUCCGCUGGACAUCGCCAAGGGAACGCUGUAUCUGGCCACUGAAUACUUCAACGACUUUCAGACGUGA